GUGUCCCACGCACUCGCCACCCCACCCCUAUAUUCUCUUUCUCUCUCCGCUCUGCAACUUCUUCUCGUCUCCUUCCUUGCGCUUCCUUCCCUCCGUCCCCCUGCGGCUCCUGGUUGCCCCUCUCACGCCAAUGCAGCUUCCCCCUGUUUCGUUGCUUUGACCACCUUAAAAACCUCAGGGCCUCCAAAUUGUCCCACCGAAUCACAUCCCCUUCACGCCUCCUCCUGCUCCUGCUCCAAUUCCUAACGCCCGAGAAACCAAGAACCCGGCUGGGCGACGCCGUCACCUUCACCUAAUCCCAACUCCCCCCCACUAGUACUCACAAGUGUCUCUCUUCUUCCCUCUCUUCGGUUACGAGAGCAGACCUGAGUUACCGAGCAGCGACGAUGAAGAGCCCCCCUGUCAUGGAUCCCGAGGCGCCGCCGCCGCCGGGCACUCCUCCCUACGACGACGAGGAGGAGGAGGAGGAGGAGGAGGAGGAGAAGGCGCGGGGAGCACGGAAGCGGGUGCCGUGGCGGAUGACGCUGAGCCUGGCGUACCAGAGCCUCGGCGUGGUGUACGGCGACCUCAGCACGUCGCCGCUGUACGUGUACAAGGCGGCGUUCGCGGAGGACAUCCAGCACUCGGAGAGCAACGACGAGAUCCUCGGCGUGCUCUCCUUCGUCUUCUGGACGCUCACGCUCGUCCCGCUCCUCAAGUACGUCUGCGUCGUCCUCCGCGCCGACGACCACGGCGAGGGUGGCACCUUCGCGCUCUACUCCCUCCUCUGCCGCCACGCGCGCGCCGCGCUGCUCCCGCCGGGACGGACCGCCGCCGGCGAGGAGGACAAGUUCUUGGACGGAGCCACCAAGAAGGCUACGGCGCAGAACGGCAAUGCUGCGACGCUGGGCGGGGGCGCCGCCGCCAGCGUCAGGAGGCUGCUGCAGCGGCACAAGGUCCUCCAGCGUGUGCUGCUCGUGCUGGCGCUGGUGGGCACCUGCAUGGUGAUCGGCGACGGCGUGCUCACGCCGGCCAUCUCCGUCUUCUCUGCGGUCUCCGGGCUGGAGCUGUCCAUGGAGAAGGAACAUCAUAAAUAUGUGGAACUUCCUAUUGCCUGUAUCAUACUGGUUUGCCUGUUUGCACUGCAACACUAUGGUACACACCGGGUUGGCUUCAUUUUUGCUCCAGUUGUGAUAACAUGGCUCCUAUGUAUAAGCGUGAUCGGUGUUUACAAUAUUAUUCACUGGGAACCCACUGUAUAUCGAGCAUUAUCUCCGUAUUACAUGUACAAGUUCUUGAGGAAGACACAGAGAGGAGGUUGGAUGUCCCUGGGAGGAAUACUGUUAUGCGUAACUGGUUCUGAAGCAAUGUUUGCUGAUCUGGGGCAUUUCAACCAGUUGUCAAUACAGAUUGCUUUUACAUGCAUGGUGUAUCCAGCAUUGAUCCUUGCAUACAUGGGACAAGCUGCUUAUCUGUGUAAGCAUCAUAACAUGGAAACUGACUACAGGAUUGGAUUCUAUGUGUCUGUGCCAGAGAAAAUUAGGUGGCCCGUUAUGGCAAUUGCUAUUCUUGCAGCAGUUGUGGGAAGCCAAGCUGUCAUCACUGGUACAUUCUCAAUGAUCAAGCAGUGCACUUCUCUGGGCUGCUUUCCUCGGGUGAAGAUAAUUCAUACAUCUGCCAAAGUACACGGGCAAAUAUACAUCCCUGAGAUCAAUUGGAUUCUGAUGAUACUGUGCUUAGCUGUAACCAUUGGAUUCAGGAACACAAAACACUUGGGGAAUGCAUCAGGAUUGGCUGUUAUAACUGUCAUGCUGGUCACAACGUGUCUGAUGUCCCUGGUGAUAGUCUUGUGCUGGCAUAAGAGCAUAUUUCUUGCAAUUGCCUUCAUUGUGUUCUUUGGAACCAUUGAGGCACUGUACUUCUCAGCUGCACUCAUCAAGUUCAAGGAGGGAGCCUGGGUCCCAAUAGUCCUUGCUCUGAUCUUCAUUUUGAUAAUGUGCAUCUGGCACUAUGGCACCAUUAAGAAGUAUGAGUUUGACGUUCAGAGCAAGGUCUCCAUCAACUGGCUCCUUGGUCUCAGCCCAAACCUCGGUAUUGUUCGUGUCCGUGGCAUUGGCCUCAUCCACACUGAGCUCGAAACCGGCAUCCCAGCUAUCUUCUCGCAUUUUGUCACCAACUUACCGGCCUUUCACCAGGUACUCAUAUUUAUGUGCAUCAAGAACGUGCCAAUACCACAUGUACGGCCUGAAGAGCGGUUCCUCGUUGGAAGGAUCGGUCCGAAGCAGUACAGAAUCUACCGGUGCAUUGUCAGGUACGGUUACCACGACUUCCACAAAGACGACAUUGAGUUCGAGAAGGAGCUAGUGUGCAGCGUCGCGGAGUUCAUCCGGUCAGGGUCAUCCAAGUUGAACGGCAUGCCCGUGGAGUUCGACGAGGAGCAGCACAUGGCGGUCGUGCGCUCCAACAGCAUCCGCAUGCUUGAGGAAGAGGCCACCACAGUGGAGAAGACCGUUGGCCCGUCGCAUGCCAGCAGGGAGAUACAGUCACCAUCACCGUCACCGUCGCCGUCACCAGCGACCCCAGUGGUUGUCCCCAAGAAGCGGGUGCGGUUCGUGCUGCCGGCAGCGAGCCCGAAGCCAAACGCCGGCGUGCAGGAGGAGCUGCAGGAGCUGUCCGACGCGCGGGAGGCUGGCAUGGCGUUCAUCCUGGGCCACUCGCACGUGAAGGCCAAGAGCGGGUCCAGCUUCCUCCGCCGGUUCGUGAUCAACUUCUGCUACGACUUCCUGCGGAGGAACAGCCGGGGACCCAACUACGCCGUCUCCAUCCCGCACGCCUCCACGCUGGAGGUGGGCAUGAUGUACUAUAUCUGAUCUGACUGAACCCCUGAAACUCUGAUCAGAGGGAGAAAUAUAGGAACAGGAAAAGAUGAGAGGAAAUGAAACCAAAAAAAAAAAGUUUUCAGCUGUAUAUGCUAGAUUUUGUAAGUAUAUACUGCUGGUGAGUUCCGUUGUAAAUGCAGCUUGAUUUUGGCCUUCA